ACGUGAUAUAUAACCCCAGACUACUGUUUUGGGGAUGAGAAGCGAGCCUUACCUUGGGCCCCAAGAGCCUCCAUUCCUCAAGACAGGUGGAAUCUUUCCUCAGCACAGAGCAACAGAGCUGGGACUUUGGGGACAGAUGCCCUGAAGGUCACGUCGGGAAGGGAGGAGAAGGCAGGCGCAGAGUGGGUGGGCAUCCUGAUCCUCCCAGAGUGUGGGUGAGAGGGUACAGACCGUCCUUCACCUCCGUCCGUCUACGGAAUUUUGGCAAAGCGCUUGCCCAUCCUGCCCGUGAACCCCUCCAGGGACUGAGCACUGCCUGCUUCUAGAGAAGCUCUGCAUGUCCUGAUUGUUACAUUGUUCUUUGUCGUAUCAGUCUGGAAUCUUUCCUCCUGUGGUGUAAGCUCAUUGGUGGUUCCUCUAGAUCUCAAAGAUGGAGUCCAAACCCUCGUUCACGGGACAGCACUUCAGACCAAAUAUUUGCACCCAGCCACUCAUACCCCUCAGAUCGCCUCUUCUCCCAACUAAUUUCCCUAUUUCCUUUAGCUGUUUCUUGCAUGAUCUGGUUCUGAUUGUCCUUUGAGACUCAAAACAGCGGGUGCAGGAUAAGCAGAUCUGAGCACGAUCAACAGCCUCCUUAUUCUGUGUAACCGAAUUUGCCUGAAGUAGCUUGAAAUAGCCUUGCCUUUUUGGCAACCAAAAUGCAUCACAUCUUUCCAAUCCAGAAUUGCUCAGGUAAGUUUUAGACCCUAGUACAUACACAUACUCAUACACAUACGCAAUAAUUAUCUUUUUUGUUAGAGUUGGCCCGCUCCUCUGGCUCCGUUUGGAUCCUAAUUCUCCCCAGACCUUGCAUUAGCGAUCCAGCCCUGCUCUGUGUCACCCACGUGAUUGACGGCCAUGUGCUCUGGAGUUUCGAAUAAAGUAAUGUUGCAGACACUGAAUGGGAAUCGCAAGGAUCAGACUGCGUUGUGAGUACUUGCUCACUGAACGUGUCUCGCUCACUGGGCUGUGGGUUCUUGGGGAGCAAGGAUGAUGUCAGUCUUAUUGACCCACCAGUGUCUUGCACGGCGCUUGGCAUUCAGCAGGUGCUCAUAAAUCUUGGCUACUGGUAAGAACCAGUCAGCGGCACCAAACGAAUGUGACUUCCUCCUUCGAGUUGGGGGGUGGCCAGGAGUCGGCUGGGUUUCUGCUGUAACCUGCGUUAUGCUGUCUUGCUCCCUCCAGAUGACAUCGGUCGCCAAGGUGUAUUACAGUCAGACCACGCAGACGGAGAGCCGGCCCCUCGUGGGCCCAGCGGUCCGACGGCGCCGAGUCCUGACCAAGGACGGCCGCAGUAACGUGAGGAUGGAGCACAUCGCCGACAAGCGCUUCCUCUACCUCAAGGACCUGUGGACCACGUUCAUCGACAUGCAGUGGCGGUACAAGCUGCUGCUCUUCUCGGCGACCUUCGCGGGCACCUGGUUCCUCUUUGGUGUGGUGUGGUACCUGGUCGCGGUGGCCCACGGGGACCUGCUGGAGCUGGGCCCCCCCGCCAACCACACCCCCUGCGUGGUCCAGGUGCACACGCUCACCGGGGCCUUCCUCUUCUCCCUCGAGUCGCAGACCACCAUCGGCUACGGCUUCCGCUACAUCAGCGAGGAGUGCCCGCUGGCCAUCGUGCUCCUGAUCGCACAGCUGGUGCUCACCACCAUCCUGGAGAUCUUCAUCACGGGCACCUUCCUGGCCAAGAUCGCCCGGCCCAAGAAGCGGGCGGAGACCAUCCGGUUCAGCCGGCACGCCGUGGUCGCCGCGCACGACGGGAAGCCCUGCCUCAUGAUCCGCGUCGCCAACAUGCGCAAGAGCCUCCUCAUCGGCUGCCAGGUGACGGGCAAACUGCUGCAGACCUACCAGACCAAAGAGGGUGAGAACAUCCGGCUCAACCAGGUCAACGUGACCUUCCAGGUGGACACCGCCUCCGACAGCCCGUUCCUCAUUCUGCCGCUGACGUUCUACCACGUGGUGGACGAGAGCAGUCCCCUGAAGGACCUGCCCCUUCGCAGCGGCGAGGGCGACUUCGAGCUGGUGCUGAUUCUCAGCGGGACGGUGGAGUCCACCAGCGCCACCUGCCAGGUGCGCACCUCCUACCUGCCGGAGGAGAUCCUCUGGGGCUACGAGUUCACACCCGCCAUCUCGCUGUCAGCCAGCGGCAAGUACAUAGCGGACUUCAGCCUUUUCGACCAAGUAGUGAAAGUGGCCCCUCCUAGUGGCCUCCGUGACAGCACCAUGCGCUACGGAGACCCAGAGAAGCUCAAGUUGGAGGAGUCGCUGCGGGAGCAAGCGGAGAAGGAGGGCAGCGCCCUUAGCGUGCGCAUCAGCAACGUCUGAUGGCCUGGUUUCCCACCUCCCCAUCCCUCUGGUCUCUCCGAUGUUGGCAUUCUGGGUGAGGGCUGUUACCCGGGCUCACCGGAGAGUCCCAGAAGCACCCAUCCUCCACUCCCUCUGCUUUAACCUGGUGGCCUGUGGCUAGGCGAGGCCAACUGGCGUCCGAGCUUUCCUUCCAUCGUCCCCUUCAUUUCCCCAACUUCCACCCGACGCACAACUCCCUUACGACAGGAUGGGGGAAGGAGAGGGAAGAUUAGGCUGAAGUGGCUUAGAAUGCCUCAGCCAUGCUUGGAGACUCAUGUUAGGAGGGCCGUUCCAGUUGGAUGGAUAGACUCCCCCCACCUCCCGUUCGGUGGCUUGAGGCUGGAGCCCCCACCCGCCUCUAAUUUCCCACGCAGCUGGUUCCCUAAGGCAAAACUCUGAUAGUCCUUUUGGGGUCUGUGCCCUUAGAAAGAUGGGAAUCUGGAAUUCAUUUAUCCUGGGUUCUCUACCAAGCCCUGUUGAGAGAAGUCAGGGUUUCUCAUAGGGUGGUUCAUUUCUGCUGGCAAAUUUGGACUAUAAUCUAGAGCCCUGGUCACCAGUUUUCCUCUUUCCAUUCUCUCAAGUGGACCCUCUCUUCCAAUACCCAGUUCUUUCAUAGCUGCCUCUGCUCCCAGAGAACUGAGGCUGACCCAAGAAACCUGAAACGGUCACACCACACCUGCACCCAUCCCGGAAUCUGAACUCUCGAUGUGGAGGGACUAAUGCAGAACUCUUGUCCAAGACCUUGACCCUACUCUGCACACAGCCCUGGAUUUGAUUCCCUGUGACCUCUGGAUGGGAGGAGCCUUGCCAGUAUGUUCCCAGGUCCCACAGAAAGGUCUGGAAAUGAUGUUCCAGAUGCUUACAGGGCCCAGAUUCCCUAGGAAAGUGACAUCAACCCCACCAUGCAGGAGGAGUAAAUUCUCAGAUUUCCAGACUGCAGCAUGGAGCCUCUGGAAGUUACGGGUGUUUUAUUAGGGCUUGGGGCAGGGCAGAAUUCUGUGGCCGGCAGACACCACUCUCCCCGUCACGCCUGCCUGUGGCCCUCUGACAAUGUCAGCUAUCUUAUUAGGCAACGCUGGGAGGGAAGGAGCCCAUGCCUGCUGAUCAAAUAACCAGGGUCUCCCUUAGCCGUUGCCGAGACUUGGGCUAAAGUGGCACCAGCCCCAUCUCCACUCUCCUCUGCCACAAAGCCACCUUCAGGGGAGUUAAAGGGCACACUUUAGGAGACCAAGCUCAGCUGUUCCUUGUUCCCUGCUGGGGGCCGUGGGAACGGCCAAGAAGGGCAAACGGGCCCCAGAACUUUCUGUAAAGCCCCAAAUCCCAAGAGUGCCUCCUGGUCUCAUUUAGGUACAGGAACUGUCCCCCUUGCCCCCAUGGUGGCCGGGCAUAGAGUCCCCUGCACGAGUCAAGUGGCAGCUUGUUCGGGAGGACUCGGGUCAGUUGUGACAAGCAACACACCUCCCCAGAAUGUGCACGUGCGUCUGCGUGCAGAGCUUUACAGAGAAACCUCACGGUUCCGAGGCUGGACCCACGGUCACCACAGGAUCCGCGUAAGAUCCUCUUACGUGCAUCUUUCCUCGAACUUGGCUAACCACGACUUGAAAAUGGAAGACCCUGCAUUCUUCACGGACCGCAAACCCCACCAACACCCUAGCUCUCAAGAAAGCCAGAACCAGAAAAACUUGAAAAUCCGACACAGAAGAACAGAAGGCAAAGAGCCAGUUUCUAGGCUCUCAACUUUAUUCACUGUUAGACUUACCUUCUUCGCACGUGCAAGGGCGCAGAGUACUGGACUGUGGGUGUGUGUGCACGUGCGCACCUUCUUACCCAACAGCAAGCUACCUUCCACUAGUCUCUUCUGCAACAGCCGCGUCCCUCCUGAGGGACGUCCUCUCUCCCUCGUCCCCUGCCGUCCGCUCUAGGCCCCAGACGCUGCUCAGAUUCUUGCAUAACAGAACGAGGACAUCUUCUGACUUAACCUUUUUGCUUCACCUCCGUGACCCCAGACCUUGCUCUAAGCUGCACUUUAAGUCACACUGUCCUUUUAACACAGCCUGGCUGACUCUCCCAUACGCCUUUCCAGAAAACAGUGCGUCCUCCUACCCCCAACCAGCAGUUUACACUAUGGCCUCUUCCCCGGAGCCGAAACCCUUCUUCAGCCUUUGAGACAAGCUUGAGAAGCAGCCGGGUCUGGGGUCCCCUGGCCCCGCCAACCACAGACUUGGAACGGCAGGAACCCUAGGCACCGAUGUUAGUGGGGAGAUGCCACGUGGGCAAAACCACCAAUGGGGGAAGGUACUCAGGGUGUGAUGAUGACACAGGGCGCUGCUAGGGACCCAGUGAAAUCGAUGAAACCAGCCUCCCUUGCACCAGCUGCCGAGACCUGGGUGGAGGCUCAGGAAGUAGGACAUGGUACGAAUGGAAGGCUGACCUAGGGAGAAAGAGACACAGAGAUAAUAUAUACGUGGAGAGAUGUAUGAUGUAUAUAGAUGUGUUUAGGACAAAUAUCCUGAAUGUAUGGAAAGGAGAGGUUAGCGUGGGGGCAGAACCCUGCUCUGGUUUUGGGGUAGGACUCCCCCGAUUUCCGGACUUUUGACCCGUGAUCCUGGUUUCGAGAUGGAAGUGAGAGAGCCGAGGAGGCUUUCGGGUCUGAUGAUGGGAGAGGGAGGCACGGAAGCAGCUCUUCGGAAGUGAGGAGAUGCCCGCUGAGGCCUCUGAUAACCCCCGCAGGCUGAGGUCCGGGAGGAGGGAGACAGGAAGGGGGUGGCUGCUGGGGCCACAGGCAUCUGGAACCCACUUAUGCUGUGUGCUGCACCCGGCGGUGUCCUGUCACUGUAGCACUUUUUUUUGUUUUGUUUUGUUUUAAAAUAAAAGCACCUUCUGUGUCCUUUUCUUGAAGUACACUGUAUGUCCCCUUCCUGCACAGGGAGGGAGGGCCACAGCAGCUUCAGCCUGCUACGGGAAGUCCAACCGGGAGCUGACCUUUUUGGUGUGUGUGGGGCACUGAUGGGUCACCAUGACCCCAGCCUCCAAACACCAGCACUGCAAGGGUGUGGGGCUCAGGACGGGCCCAAGGCCAAGGCCCAGCCCUCUACGUGGCUGCGGGCUGCCCAAAUGCUCUCUAAGCCAGAAGAGCCCCAGUCCUGGCACUGGGCGUGGCGGUAAGGGGGUGCGUGGCAAACAGGAGGAGGGGGCUAGCGGCUGCCCCGGGGGAGGGGGCAGCUCCGUGAGAAGCUUCUGGAAUCCUGACUCUGCUCUGCCUCGUUAUCCACCACCCAUCUCUGCCAGCUGGUAAGACCAUCCAGGGGCUUCCCCGUAAGGCCUGGGCAGAGGAAAGCCACAAGCUGUAACACUGCUCUAAGUCGGGGACACUGCCCCCUCCCCAAGGCUGCUACCCUGGUCCUUUCCCCUGCUGUUUAACCUAGUUUCUUUGUAGCAGGUGACAUGCCCCCCCCUUGCUGUGGAUAAACAGCUAGGUCACGGCCAGCUCUCCUGAAGCACAACGGUCCAGGGGCGGCUUUUCCAGUCGCCGCAUUAAAGACUAAACCAGGUCAAACUUACCUAGUCAAACAAGACCAGGAGCUUGUUUGGUUUCUUUUAUUUAAUUUUAGUCUUUUCAGAAUAAGCUGCUGAAUAAAAUGGACGAAUCUCUGUGCUUUACUCCAGCUUCUUUUAGAAAUCGAAGCCAACCUAGUGUUCGGGCCUGAACCUGCAGGCCUGUCUAGGAGAGCGGAGGGUCGAGUGAGGCUGCGCUGGGAGGACUGAGCAUGGCCAGGCCCUCGCCUUCACUGCAGUCAUCCCCUCCCUCCCUCAUUACCGCAGCCCCCUCAUCCACCUUAGGAUCCUUUAGCAAAUACCCUUCACACUUGGUUUUUAAAGGAUUAAAAAAAAAAAA